ACAUUGUAAUCAAGAAAUCAUAGAGAUUGACAUGGCGACUUCUACCUUUUCUUCUCGUGGAGCACAAACCAUGAACACCGUAUUCUUUAAGCCGAUGCUAAGGAAAUCGAUUCACAAGAAGAGUGCAUCGCACGACAUAGUGAGGGAGACGGUGAAGACAGACGGGGCCGGAACCGGAGAGGAGGUGAAGACGAUGAGAGGCUUCUACGGUGCCGGAGAGACGUCGUCUCCGGGGAGUAGUUGGGUGCCACAUGAAGGUACGGGAAUAUACUAUCCAAAGGGGCAAGAGAAAGUAAUGCAAGAUGUGCCUCCUCCUCCAGCUGGCAGCCACGCGGACGAGCUCGUUAAUUGAAAACCCUCUUCGGUCGUUUGCUCCAAACCCGACGGCGGCAAAGUGGCUAAUGACGACGGUGGUGCAAAGCCGCGGAAGAAGUUAUCGGAGCAAUCUUCAUGGGAAGUUAAGGAUUCGGAAGGGAAGGAUUAUCUCUAUAGGCUUGGCGCGGAGUCUGAUAAUGUUAACAUAGCCGUUGGGGCACGAAGCGGCAUGAUCGAUGACGUUUUCAUUGGAGACUUCCUUGGAAAAGAUUCUGAUAUAGUGUUUGAUUACCGUCAGAAGGCGACGAGGUCCUUUGAACAUCUUCAAGGAGAUUAUUACAUUGCUCCAUCGUUUCUGGAUAAAGUUGCGGUCCACAUUGUGAAGAACUACCUUGCUCCUUCUCUAAAUAUAAAAAUCCCAUUGAUCUUAGGUAUCUGGGGAGGAGAGUUGGAAUCUGAUAGAGCUGGGGAACCGGGAAGACUCAUACGUGACCGCUAUCGAACAGCUUCUCAAGUCAUUCAGAAUCAAGGGAAGAUGAGUGUUCUCAUGAUUAAUGAUAUUGAUGCUGGCCUUGGUAGAUUUGGGGAAACGCAAAUGACAGUAAACAACCAGAUAGUUGUCGGUACUCUGAUGAAUCUUGCGGAUAAUCCUACAAGGGUAAGUGUGGGACAAGAAUGGAGAGAAGCUGACAUUGUAAACAGAGUUCCUCUAAUUGUCACAGGGAAUGAUUUCUCUACACUGUAUGCUCCACUGAUACGUGAAGGAAGAAUGGAGAAGUUCUACUGGCAGCCAACUCGUGAAGAUAUCGUAAACAUUGUUAGCAGAAUGUACGAGAAAGAUGGUAUAUCGCGGAAAGAUGUUAUAAGCAUUGUAGAUAAGUUUCCAAAUCAAGCACUCGACUUCUAUGGAGCUCUGAGGUCACGCACAUAUGAUAGAUUUAUCCUCAAGUGGGUAGAUGAAGCGGGAGGAAUGGAGACUCUAGGGAAAAUUCUUCUCAGACGUAAAAAGACCAAAGAGGUUCCUCAAUUCACUCCCCCUGAGCAAACGGUGGAAGCAUUGCUGGAAUCAGGGUACUCACUCAUAAAUGAGCAAAAACUUAUUAUGGAAACAAAGCUUUCCAGGGAGUACAUGAAGAACAUGGACGAUUAACACCAAACAAACAUCAAUUCUUUUUCAUUCUUAUAGUGACUUUCGAGGAACACUGAGCUGAUCCUGAUAAGUUGUUACAAAACUUUCAAAAUAUAACUGAAUCACUCUA